AUGGUUAAGUCAAUCACCUCCUCUGAUGAGGAAAAGCUUCAGCUCCUCAACAAAAACACUGAACUCCGGAGACUCAACAAAGAGAACAAGAGGGAAUAUUAUGAACAAACACUGAUGCAGGAACUGAAGAAAAACCAGCAUCUGCAGGAGUAUAUCAGACUGCUGGAGAGCCGACUGCACCAAACAGAUCUUCAGCAGUGGACUAGAGGAACUCAGACCCCAGAUAUCAGUGGCUCCUCAGACUCUCAGCUGGUUCAGGGCCCUUCUAAGCCGUCCCUGGAUGUGCGGUUGACUCCAGGGCUUCCUGCGUCUCUGGGCACAAAGUCCAGUCUCAGACUGGCUGGCAUGGGAACAGAAACACAAUCUGACCCUAUAAGAGAAGUUCAGGAUCUUAAAGAACAGCUGGAGGCGCUGCGGUGUCAGACUCAAAUCUACGAGGCUGAUUAUAAAACCGAGCAGAAGGACCAUGAGCGCAUGCUGCAAGAGAAUAAGCGUCUGCGGCGCAGAGAGGCAGACAUGCGUCAACAGAUAGCACUGCUGCAGGAGCAGCUGAAGGUGUACGAGGAUGAUUUCCGGAAGGAGCGCUCAGACAAACGCAUUCUCCAGAGACUGCUGAUGAAAAAAUCUCCAGCCGAGAAAGAGCCGGUUCUGGUGCAUCGCUGCAACAACGAGCAGGACCGGCCCAGGUCAGACAGGAGAAAGCCCAGAGAAGAGCAGCGCGGCGGAUACGUCUGUCCCAAACACUGUGAGCACCACGGCCAGCUGGACUUCCCCUGAACGCCCACAGAUUCAUUCAUCACAUUAAACAAAUGCACACAAGCUACUUCGUAUCUUUAAAACUUCAAAAGUUCCUUUUUAACUGCUUUAUUUAUAUGAGGUUCUUAUUUUUUUAUUGUAUCAUUCUUUCAUAUUGUUUGUCACUGUGUUUGUACAAUGACUGUGUGGAAACUGUGCACUUUUGUAUCGUCUCAGUGUAAAUAAAUCUGAACCACUUUACUGACUGAAAGCAUGAAACUCAAACAAUCCUGUAUGCUGUCAUCUUUAUAAGCAAAUUAAUUUUUUUAUGGCAAUAUAUUAAACUGACUUAUUGCAGGAAAAACAAUACACUUUAAGAAGGAAACGAUUAAAGAAGUUUCUGAAGCUUUAACAAUAAGGAAGCCCGUGGCCAUUGGAAUUCCCUAUAUUGAGCUCAUUUCUUAUGAAUUACUGUUUGUUUUUUCCAGGAUGUUUGCUCAGUUGUAAUCUCAUUCAGGAAAGUUCAUCUCUGAUUUUGUGUUUUCACUGUACAUAGCCCAUGUUAAAUAGGUCAGGUUUUAAUGUAUUAUUAUAAUAC